AAUCAUCAUUUUAACUUUCUGAAAAUUACUCUUUGACAGAUCUUAACUAACUCUGCCUUACGACACUUUUCUCAACAGACUGACAUUGCCAAAACUCACUUUGCUAGAAAUGCUGAUUAAGUUAUUGAAAAAAACAAAAAUUGCACUGGGUUUCCAUUUUUAUACUUUCUGUCCCCUUUGUCCUUAUGUCAGUCAGCUAGAUCCAGGGCCUCUGGGGGUAAGGGUGGAGAAAAGCCCCUUGGAGGAGUUUCUACCCACUGGAAAAGAAGCAAGCAAGCUGUAAGAUGAGCCUAGCCAAAAGAGAAACUUUCAUUAUGGCCUUUACAUUUAUGAUGAGCAAGAUAAAGAAGGAAGGUAGUUCUGAAGGCUUUAUGUCAGUUCUCACAGGCCCUCAAGCACUGAGAAAGAUAAUAGUCAAUGGAUGGUGUCCAUAAGGAUUUUUUCACCUUCUCCCCUGACAGCCAUUGACAGGAUCAUUUUGUAUUCACAAGUGCUAUCACUGAAGCAUGGAGAAAAGGCCCUGUAAAGCCAGCAGGAUGAGGGCGACUUCCCUGCAGGGAUCUCUCUUGUCAUCACUAUGGCAAUAAUAGUUACUAUAACUUUCAUUCUGCUUUUCUAUACAGUGUCUAUUUUGUGGAGCUCAAGGCUAUGGGAUUUGGGUCACAUGAAAUCACACUAGCAUAAAAUCAUGCUUUGUAAUCUUGCAAGAGUAUUUUAUAAAAGUGUGAAGAGAACUCAUGCAACAAGAUAAAAAUAAUUAGCAGUGCAGGUCAUUGGCUAAUACAGUUAUUUAGGGGAUGCUGACAGCUUUACAGAGGCUUUCAGAUAUGGUGUCAGUUUGUUUUUGUUUCUUUUAAAACUCUAUUUGGACUGUUAGACCAUGGCCAGUUUUUCUCCCCAAGGACACAGCUUAUCAUUUCGAGGUAAAAACGUAAAUUGCAAACCAGCUCUCAGUCAUCGUUGUCUGGUAGUAUCUGCAAUUAAAUCGUAAGGACAGGAGCCAUGCCUUCUAUUUCAUUUGUGCUCACCACACUGCAGCGAGUAAAAUUUCAGGAUUACUAGCUUUCAGACAGACGGCUUUAGGGACACCUGACACUAACAAGUACGACUGGGCAGAAAGAUCCCUCCUGAAUGAAGCCAGAUGGGACACUCUCUGGUGAUCUUAGGGUGAGAUGAAAAAUCUCUUAAGAGGGGCCUCGAGGUCAAGAGAAAAUACAGUUGGACACAAAAGGAUGUGGAGAAAAGAAGUGAAGACGAGAAGGACAAACAAAAAGAAACAAAGCCAGAGACUGAAUGGACUACAAAGAGAAAAACACCAGAACAGGAGGAUAAAAAGAAAAGGAAAGUUGGGCGCCCAUGCCAGCUCAAGCUGCAAGCGAGGACUUGCGGAGGGGCGGAGACUACAGCCCCCAAAAUCCCUUGCGGCACCUCCUCCUGGGGCGUCAGUCUCCUAGGCAACCGGGUAAACAAGAUGGCGACCUCCGGGAGAGAUCCCCAGUUGCCAAAGCCCUCUUUUCUCCAGGGAGGUUCGGGCAGUUCACGAAUUGGAGCCCAGUCGAAACUGUUGCACUCAGAAAAGGAACGUCAGUGUUGCUGGUCUCCUUUUCCCAUGGGGCAGAGAUCGAAAGAUACUUUCCGCAGAGCCUCCUCCUACCUGUUCCAGCAGCUCGUUCACCGCUAUCAGGAGUCAGACGUGGACAGAGAGGAAUACCAGGGCGAGGAAGAGGAAGAGGACGAGGGCGAGGGAGAGGGAGAGGGCGAGGGUGAAGUGGAAUCCGAGGAAUCCUCAGAGUCAGAAAUGCUGGAUUUGGAGGAGGAAUUUGAUGGGGUCCUGAGAGAGGAGGUUGUGGCUGAGAAACUCUACCAGCUGGGGCGCUCGGGCUCUGGGACUGAGCAGGUCUACCUCAGUCUGACGUUAUCAGGUCUCGAUUUAAUUGAUAUUAGCAUCCUCUGUGGAUACGUUCACCUACAGAAGUUGGAUCUUUCAGUAAAUAAAAUUGAAGAUUUGUCUUGUGUGAGCUGUAUGCCUUAUCUUCUCGAACUUAAUGCUUCUCAAAAUAAGCUGACUUCAUUCUUCAAUUUCAAGCCACCCAAAAAUCUCAAGAAGGUGGAUUUUUCCUGCAACCAAAUUUCUGCAAUGUGUGAUCUGUCAGCAUACCAGGCUCUCACGAAACUAAUUCUGGACAGCAACGAGAUAACCCACAUCAGUGGGCUAGAUCAGUGCAGCAACCUCACCCACCUCAGUCUGGCCAAGAACAAGCUCACAGCUAUCGAUGGUUUAGGCAUGCUGCCAAUCAAAAUACUUUCCCUGAGCAAUAACCAGAUUGAGAAGAUCACAGGGUUGGAUGACCUAAGAGCCCUGCAGAUCCUGGAUCUGUCCCACAAUCAGAUCAGUAGCCUCCAAGGGUUAGAGAGUCAUGACUUCUUGGAGGUGAUCAACCUGGAGGAUAAUAAGAUUGCUGAGCUGAGUGAAAUUGAAUACAUUGAAAACCUACCUCUCCUUCGGGUUCUCAAUCUCCUAAGAAAUCCAAUUCAGGAAGAAUCUGACUAUUGGCCCUUUGUAAUUUUUAUGCUCCUCCGAUUAACAGAAUUAGAUCAGAAGAAGAUUAAAGUGGAAGAAAAGGUUAUGGCCGUGAAUAAAUACAAGCCACCCCCCGAGGUGGUCGCAGCCCAAGAUCACAUGACCCACGUUGUCAACAGCUUGAUGCAACCACAGAGGAUCUUUGACAGCACCCUUCCGAGUUUGGAUGCCCCGUAUCCCAUUCUGGUGUUGGCUGGUCCUCAAGCGUGUGGUAAACGAGAGCUCGCUCACCGCCUCUGCAGACAGUUUAGCACUUACUUCAGAUAUGGGCCCUUUCACACCACAAGACCACCUUACUUUGGAGAAGGAGAUCGAGUUGACUAUCAUUUCAUCUCUCAAGAAGUUUUUGAUGAAAUGUUCAACAUGGGGAAAUUCAUUCUAACCUUUAAUUACGGUAAUCACAAGUAUGGAUUAAGUCGGGACACCAUAGAAGGUAUCGCAAGAGAUGGUUUAGCAAGCUGUGUUCAUAUGGAAAUAGAAGGUGUAAGAAGUUUAAAACAUUCCUAUUUUGAGCCUCGAUAUAUCCUGGUGGUACCCAUGAACAAGAAAAAAUAUGAGGGCUACUUGAGGAGAAAAGGAUUAUUCAGUCGUGUAGAGAUUGAAUUUGCUGUCUCCAGAGUGGACCUUUAUGUUAAAAUUAGUCAGGACUUCCCAGGAUAUUUUGAUGCAGUAAUCAAUGCAGAUGACCUGGAUGUCGCCUACCAAAGGCUGAGUGAGCUCAUUCGAGAGUACCUAGGGUUGUCGGAGGAAACUGCCAAGACUUUGGCUCCAACUGCAGCAGGAGCUCCUUCUAGCAAGAAGACUGCCUCUGGGGUGCCAGCACACCUGGUUCCAUCCCCAAGGCGCUUGGCGAAACUGCAGGCCGAUGGCCAGAUGACAGAGCAUCUCUCUGGAAUGCAGGUUCCUGCAAAGGUCCCUGAAAAUCAGAGCCUAGCUCCCUCCCAGAACCAAGAGCUGACUCAGGAGGGAGCAACCCAUCAAGAAGAGCUUUCUCCCGGCGGCCACGUCAGCGCCGAGCCUCCUCCACAGCCCAGCACAUCAGCGCCUGGUAUUCCCCAGCAGGCUCCAAACCAGAAGGAUGGGGGUGGUCAACAAUCAGAUCUUUCUUCCAAAACGGUAACCACAAAUCUCCCUGAAAAUGAGGCCCAGACAUCCGGGGUGAAAGCCAGUGAAGGAGGGCAGCCUUCCCCAACUCCUUCCCAAGGGCCUCCUCGGCACCCUGACCCACUGCCAGCGCACAGCCCUCAGCUGAACCAGGAUGAGGAAUCGGGGGAGGCCACAGUACUCCCCACCGGCCCUCCCCCGUCUGAAAUUGCACAGAGGUCUGGCCCAGCAUCCCUCAGCCCCCAGGGAAUGCAGGAUGAGGAAAUUGAGUCAGCCAACCUGCCACCCAACAGUUCCCAUCAUGCUCCAAGAGAUCCUUCUGGUCCUGACAAGGCCAAGACACCUGGACCACCUCUGGGAGAUUCUCAGCAACCUCUAGAGGAGGGAGUCCCCAAAGCUGAAGUCGUCCGGGUCGGCACUCCUUACCCAGAAUUGUCACACCCUCAGGGCUCAACAAACACCAGACAGACCCAGGACAGGGAAGACCCAGUGACUUUGCCUCCCACAAGCCGGCUGGCUCCCACCAGGCUGCCCCAGCCCCGGGUCCUCGCUCCCCUCCAGAGUCGGAGACCCACACCCAAACUCCUCUCACCCAGCCGGGCGGAGGCCUCAGGGACCGCCUCAGAUCAGACCCUGACUCCCUCUCCCAGGCCCCCGCCAGCUCAGGAAGGAGACCCCAGUAAACUGCCUCUCAUCAGUUCCCGUCGUCCCAAGCAGCCACAGACUCGGAGCCCCCAUCAGGGCCACAGUCCUCGGCAAGUCCAGGAGGAGAAAGUCAGGGAGGUGAAACUCCCUCUUGUCAGUCCCCCCGCCCAGGACCGGGCACCACAGCCUGCCCCUGAUCCGCCCCAGGAAGAGGGGGCUCAGGCACUUAAGCUUCCACAGAUCCCCACUUCUUUCUCCGAACGGCAGCUGCCGCAGAACACUAGGGCAGCCCAGCGUGACUCGAGGCCUGCAGAGGAAAGGCAGGCUCCCAAAGCAGGCCUUUCCUUUAGCAAGAAGAUUCCAGACAUACAGGCCUCGCCCCAAAACCAAAAGCCAGUGCAGCAGACCGGAGCUAGAAAAAAAAAACUCCUCAUCCACGAAGAGACUCCUAAGGGGCCUGCACAUCACAAACGGGCGCCACCUGGAGGCCAGCAGGCAGCCUGGCAGCCAGAAUCCCAGAGAGAGCCCACUCCCCCAGAGGCGCCCAGCCCCCCUAACCCCAGCCCUCCUGGGAGCCCUCAGGGGGACCAGAGAGAAAAAGGCCAUACACUAGGCAUUGCUGACCCACCCCAUACAGCACCGUUACUUACAGAGGCCCAGUUACAGGAAGAGAAAAGGGGAAAAGUACAUUAGUCCAGAAAAAAGGC